AUGCUCACACAGUGCAGUGCAGGAGGAGGGAGGCGCAUCAUCACCCCCCAGACAUCCUCCUCCUCCCCGGCUCCAACAUGCUGCUAUUUCCUCCACGGGGAGAACCACACUGACCCUGCCCAUCUAAGCCUGCUCCACGCCGGGCAGCGAGAGGCGAACACAGCCUGCAGACGCUCCACUUCCACCCGGGAUUACCUGCAUCCAUGUGACGCGAUAAAGGCAGGAAGCUGA